UGGAACCAGUAGAGGAACCAGAGUGAACAUCUGACAGAACAAUCCUCAGAUCACGUUGCCAUGGAGACGAUGCAGGAGCUGAUCCCCUUUGCCAAAGAGAUGCUGAGUCAGAAACCAGCUCGGGGUCUCCUGAAGGUCUACCUUGUCGGGUCUGUGUUUGCAGUGCUUGGUACAGUCAUCGGCCUGGUCCAAACCGUGUGUCAGCCCUUCAUGUCUGAUGAACCCAUGGAUGCAGAGCUGGUCCUCGCGUUGGCCCGGGACCAGAGGACUGUUCAGACCCUGAGACUGGAGGAGGAGGAAGAGGAGGAGGAGGAAGAGGCGGCGGCACCAGUCCAUCAGGACGGGGCCACAGCCCAGACCACAACCCUGUCCAAGACACCGGGACUCAACCAGAGGAGCAGCGGCAAACGGCUGCACGCCUCCUAAACCCACCAGAUCCUGGUCCACAUUCUGGUCCAGAUCCUUAAACAGGAACCAAAUCUGUGCUGUGCAACAUGUUCAACCAACAGCUCAAAGACCAGCGUCUGGGCUGCUGAUCAGAGACGCCUUUGAGUGCAUGGCUGAAAUCCUUCAGGACUGCAAACGUACCAUGUGCACAUGGAAAUAAAGCGCAGCCUGAAUGGAUGAGUCGAGACUUUUACACAGACACACAGGGCCCAGCUUUAUUUGUACAUUUCGAAUGAGCCAUUUCAUUUUCUGCAUUCUGUCAAUUUGUGCCUUUUUGUACAAGUUUGUACUGUUUAUAUCUUUAUUUAUGUGAGGGAUGUGUUGACAAACUUUAAGAGAGAAAUUCAAUGUCUUCCUGAGACUAAAACUUUGAAAAAUACACCAUUAACUGAAUACCUAUAGUAUUAACUACUGGUGAAAACACAGUAAACCAUGAAAUUUCAGCACACAGGAUUUGUCAAAACUCAACCAUGGAGCGUAUUUUUUACUGGUCAAUAAGUCUGAAUAUUAAGUAUAUUUAUUUUUUAACCAAUUAUCUUGUGGCAUGUGUUUAUUCAGGGGACAAAUGUACAUACAUUUGCAACCUUUAGCAGCAGGAAAAGUCCUGUCAAAAACACAGGACAUGAAGAAAUAUUCUGAAUUCAAUAAAUACAACUCAAACAGACUAAAGAAUCUAGAUGUAAACACUAAAAUAGUCACUCAUGUUAAACCCCAAAUUAUCAACAAAAAUGAUUACAAUAGUGAAAACAGGUUGGAAGCAAAUUGUUAAAUCACAGAUGUGAAGAAAAUAAAAACAGUAAAAAAAAAAAAAAAAAGACCAAACUGAGGUCCAUUUUAUUCUUGUUCCAAAGAAAAAGCACAACAAAAAGAUUAAGACAUUAGAGGCUCAAGUUUAGCAUGAGAAGUACCUGAAUUCAGCAUAUUUCAGCACCGAGGAGUACGUGAAGGCAUCAUGCUGCGAUGUACUACCCUGUUGCGCCAUCUGGUGUCUAGAUGAUGUAACUGAAUCUGUUACUGCUACUGGACCAGGGGAACGGCUGUAAACAAAAUUUAUACUGUCAGCAAAUAUUCUGCAUUUUGAUACAAUAAAGUUUUUAUUUAUAAA